AUGGCCAAUGUGACACAGAAGAAUAAGACGACAAUGGAGAUGAAAAACCUAAACAAGAUGAACAACUUCCGCGAGUACGCUCCUAUGAAUACCGUACCAGCAGGACAAAUUUCCGCCGACGGACGCCCGUUUCCGCAAUCCUACCAAGAGCCGGGUAGGAAGCGUGAAGGAAACAACGGCAACUUCGACGGGCUAGUCUUUGACCCGCAAUUCGGUCCGGAUGGGAAAAACAGAGGAGCAGGCCCUGGACUCAGCGUAACUCCUGUUAUGAAUCGACCUAACAGCUUUCUCGAAGAAAACAGUAAAGCUUCACCAGCUUGUACCAUUGCUCCAACUUCUCCAGGCCGCUCAACUUACAGUGAAAAAGACGGCCUCCGACCAGUGGGUGAUGAUGCUGGUCAUCUUGAUGCUUAUAACUCUGGCUCAAUUAGAUUCUUCAUGACGCUUCUUGGUUGUGCUUUUGCUCUAGCCGGCUCACAAAUCGUAGGCCUGCUUUACCUUACCCUAGGUACCCGCAUAUCAGAAGACCUAGGACGCCCCGACCUAACUGUAUGGCUUCUCAGCGCAGGAAUAAUCGCUAUGGGCUCUCUAGCACCAUUUGUUGGUCCUGUUGCUGAUCUCUACGGCCGUAAAUCCAUCUUUCUCGUUGGAGUCUCGCUUGGCUUCAUCGGAGCUAUUGUCUGUGCAACGACUCCAACUGCUCCUGGCUUCAUCGCCGGCCAGGCCCUCCUUGGGUUUGGUGCCGUGAUCGAAGAACUGAUGGCUAUCUCGGUCGUAACUGAAAUAGUACCCACAGCCAAGAGAGGUCUGUACGCAGCUCUAAUUCUAACAGCCAUAAUCCCAUGGUCUCCGGGAACUCUUUACGCCGAUUUUAUGGCUGCCUCAUCCUGGCGCUGGAUCGGCUUGCCACUUGCUAUCUGGCAUCUUUUGAUAUUUGUCAUGAUUGCUUGCUUCUACUUCCCUCCACCGCGAACCAACUCUCAGGGCCUAUCACGUCGUCAACUCUUCUGGCGGAUUGACUGGCUUGGUGGAUUUCUCCUAACACUUGGUCUACUCCUUAUCCUCAUAGCCUUAAACUGGGGUGGACAGCAGUAUGCCUGGACUUCUUCUCAUGUUCUUUCCUUUUUAUUAAUCGGAUUUGCUCUCUUAACUGCAUUUGGCCUAUGGGAAAAAUUUGGUGCCAAAUAUCCAUUGUACCCGCGACGCAUUGUUAGGGCGCCCCGGCCAUUUUAUUGCAUUCUUUUACUCAUAUUCUCCGCGGGUAUAAACUACAUACCUCUGGUUGUCUUUUGGCCAAUUGAGACCAUUGCCGUUUAUGGAUCAGACAUGAGACAGAGCGGAAUCAACAACUUACCUAUAGGGACUUGCAUACUAGGUGGUGCCAUCAUUUCAGCAUUGUUGAUUGGUUUAUUCCGAAAACAUGUUACUAUCAUAAUGACAUUUUUCUGCAUAAUGCAAACUUGUGGAACCGCAACUCUCUCGUCUAUUGACCCUCAUUCUCUUUCUAGUGCCUGGGCUCCCUUAUGUAUCGCUCUAGUUGGCGUAGGCGGAGUCCUUGUUCCUAAUCAAAUUAUAAUAACUAUACUAACACCUGACGACUUGAUUGCUUCUGCCACCGCACUCACUGUCGGUAUCAGAUCUCAAGCUCAGGUCAUUGGUCUUGCAAUUUACUUUUCACGGUUCCUCAAGGUAUUAGAGAAGAAUGCAUUCGCUCACCUUGCCGCCCCUAUUAUCAAUGCAGGGGUAUUUAAUAUAACUGUUAUAACGAACUUUAUCGAAGGACUAGCCUCCCGCCCAUUUGACGAGCUAGCACCCGGGAUACCACAAUUGGCCGGACCUGCACACGCUGCGGCAUACCAUGCCGUCAAGGAGGGUGCUAUUCUUACUUUCAAGGGAGCAUUUGAUUAUAUUUAUCUCAUGAGUAUUGGUUUCGGUGUUGCUGCAUGUAUAGCUGCUGCUGCCAUGGGUAAUGUUGAACAGUACAUCGACGAUCACGUAGCAGUGGUUCUCGAAUAA